GGAAAGUUCAUGCAGGUGUCAGGUGUUGCUUGACGGAGGGAGAGCAUAGCUUUUUGACCGCUUCAUUGUGUCACCAAAGGUCUGUAAAUAGUAUGAAUAAGGAUGCAUAUUUGGAUGUAUGGACACCUUUAUCGAUUGGAUUUUAUUGUGAGAAUUAAAAUAUCAUAACCAAGAAGUGGAACGCAAAGUUAUUUACAUCUAAAGAAACCUUUGCUCUUCCUGAUAUUUUUGUCCGGAGAGAAGUGGGGGUGCUGGCUUACAGAGGGUGUCCUUGUUCAUUACCACGGGCAGAGGGAGGUAACCCUGUGCACCUGUCAAAGCACAACAUCUCAGCAACUCUUGUGUGAGCCAAGGUCAUCAUGGCGCCAACUCUGUAUGAUGAGAAACCAGAGAUUGGGGACCUGAUAGAGAUCUUCAGAGGACCAUACCAGCACUGGGCUGUAUACAUUGGAGAUGGAUACGUCAUUCACAUGGCUCCACACACUGAACAGGCAGGAGGUGGAGCCUACAGCAUGAUGUCAAUGAUGUGUGACAGAGCCAUCGUAAAGAAGGAAGGAUUGUGGGAGGUUGUGGGAGAAGAUGAGUGGAAGAUCAAUAAUCUCCUGGAUGAAGAGUAUGAGCCGCGGCCUGCCCACGAGAUACUACGGGAGGCUAAGAGCCACUUGAACAAGGAGCUGCCCUACUGUGUUUUUCGGGGAAACUGUGAGCAUUUUGCCACGGAGCUGCGAUACGGCAAGCCCCAAUCACGCCAGGUACGCAAUGUGGAAGUUGGCAUUCGGGUGGGAAUGGCUGCAAUGGUUGGUGUGGGACUUGUAGCUUUUGCAGCAACUAUGUUUGGAGGUGGAAGCAAGGAGAAGGAAAGUAAAAGUAAACGCUAACGAGACCUACAUCAUUCC